GCCAACUCAAGCUCACCAUAACGCCGAACGCUAAACUCCAGCAAACCAGCAAAAACCACCACCACCCAUUCUCUCUUCUCUCUCUUUACACACUACUCAUUACUCUCCUUCCCAUUGUCGUUGCCACAUGCCUGCGUACACGAGUGAAACUCUCUGUUUAUGGGUGAAAUGUUAAACCUGGGAAGUUCGUCUUCAAUGGCUACAGUCUCAUUGGCGUUGGGAUUGAUUAGUGUUGUGAGUUGGGGGGUUGCAGAGAUACCCCAAAUCAUUACUAAUUACAAGCAGAAAUCCACUGAGGGCCUCUCUCUCUUUUUCCUCUUCGCUUGGAUUGUUGGGGAUCUUUUCAACCUUUUUGGUUGCAUGCUAGAACCAGCCACGCUUCCAACCCAGUACUACAUGGCAAUGCUGUACACGGUGACAACACUUAUUCUCACUUCACAAACAUUGUAUUAUGCCCAUAUCUAUCCGCGACUAGAAUCCAACAGAAGAUGGCAUGAAGUUAGUGAGAGUGGGGACUUCGAGAAGAUAAGUGUGCAUAAUCAUGGAGUAGAUGAGUCAAAGAGCAGAAGAAUGUCUUCGACAUCUGGAUUUUCUCAAAGCUCACCAAUUUCUCUUCCUGGUCGCACUCCUAUUGUGUCCUCUGGAGGAGAUUUAUACUACAUGUCAGCAAGAUCUCUAUCAAUGAGUCAUACUCCUACAGCUGGAUCUUUUCCAUCGCACAAAACCCCUCCUUUGGAUGCAGAAUUCAAUUUUAAGGAGCCAUUGCUUGAGGAAAUCAGAGCCACAAAUUCUCCACCUCCACCACACACAAAACGCAUGUUGUGUUUGGUUUCCAUUGUGACAUGGUUCCUUUCUGCUGUAAAUGUUCUACAACAAGAUAGCAUGAAACAUAACCUGAGACUACAGAAACCAACAAGUGGAAUUGUAUUGCAAGUGGGGAGAAAGCUUCAACAGGUGAAUAUGACCUUGAUGGUGAAUAGCUCCACAACUAAUAGCGGCGGAGUUGGAUCAUUCCUUGGCUGGGGAAUGGCAGCUAUUUACAUGGGUGGACGCCUUCCCCAGAUUUGCCUAAAUAUUAGAAGGGGAAAUGUUGAGGGUCUUAAUCCACUAAUGUUCAUAUUUGCUCUGCUAGGGAAUACUACAUAUGUAGCAAGCAUACUUGCUAGCAGCUUAGAUUGGUCAAAAAUUGGACCAAAUCUACCAUGGCUGGUGGAUGCAGCAGGAUGUGUACUUCUUGACACAUUUAUACUGAUUCAGUUCGUGUACUUCCGGUAUUGGACCCAAAGGGAUCAGCCAGAUUAAAGAAUAAGUGAAUCCAUUGAUGAGACAUGUUUUGUAGCUGCUAUCCGGAAUGCCUUGCACGCUGCCGAAUUGGCAAGGGAGUGCCAAAACGCUGCAGUUAUUUGUACAAGAAAAGCUCCAAGAUAUCUUCAGCUGAUAAUUGUCUAUCCACAUCCCCUUUUAAAUAUUUGAGCAAUUUGAUCGAGUUAGUUGUGUUCCCUGAUUUCCUUUUCUGCUUUUCCACACGUUUUUAUGUUAUGCAAAUAAAAUGACUAUUGUUCUGAAAUUUUGGCUACAUUUAUUAUAAGAAUUUGCAGGGGGUGUACCCCACUAAGGCUGGUAUUUACCUUUUA